GAAUUUAAAGAAAUUGAUCAUUUAGAACGUGAAUUAGAAAAGCGUGAACAGCUUAAGGUGUUGAUAAAGAAAGAUGGUAUGAAAAGGAGGAAAAAGAAGGUUCUGUUUACUUGUAAAUAUCAAUCCCAACAUUUCGGUUCAUAUUCAUCAGAUCUUG